AUGAUAUAGGUAGUUUGAGUAUCCGUGUUUCCUUUCUUCAGAGUCGUUUCACUACCUCUAGGUUGAUAAAUAUCAUUCAGAAUUAUCAUCGAGGUAGAUGUUAACGUCUGAAAACCCUAUUAAUAUUGACAUUUUUGUUUUUCAAUUAUAAAAACCAUUGUUCUACCAUGUUCAGUGAAAUAUUUAAUAUUUUUACUAAUUACGAAUAUAAGUUAUUAAAUAUUCGUUUAUUUAAAUAUAGUAGAUAAUUACUACUUUAAGCAUAAGAUAACCUACUUUAUUAUGAAAUUUAUCUCUGACAUCAGUUGCGUAAAUAUUUCAUUUUAUACUUCGUGUAACUCUGAAGACAUGUUCAGAAAGCAGAAAUAUAUCUUAUAAAAAUUGUUGUUCAAAUUGUGAGGGUUAAAAAAUUCUGUACAUAAUUCUUAAAUAGAAAAAAGCUGUCAAUUGCUGUACUAAAUUAUUAUUCACAAGAAUCAUAUUUUUUUGUUUAGUACUCUGGGUAAUGGCAGUUCAUUUCUAGAGUAAAAUUCAAAACAAUGAAUGACAAUGAAAAUAGUGAGUGUGCAUUUUUGCAAUCUCAAGGCAAUAAUUAUAGUGAUGAUGAUGACGAUGAUGUCAUGAACAUUGUUAGUGUUGGUGUUCAAAAUAGGAGAGAAGUUUCUGCAAAAAUUAAGAAUGAUGAAUCAACAUUAUUUAAUUCUGAUCAUGUUCUUGAAGUUAUAGAUAGGGAAGAAAGAAAUAGACAGACCUUUGAUUCACAAAUGAUUUUGGAAAAUGUUCCUCAUCAAUGUGACGCGAAUGAAGAAAUUAAACCAUAUCCAAAACCUCGAAGGAAAGAAAAAAUCAUUAGAGAAGUGUCAGAAGUAACACCUCAAAAAACAAUUAAGAAAACUAUCAGCAGUAGUUAUGCAAAUGAAAAUAAAAUUGAAGAAAUAAUAUCUUUACAAUAUUCAGCAACAUCUAAUACAGAUACAUUUGAUGCUCAUUUAAAUGAUGGUAAAGGAAAUAAUGAAGAACUAAAAUAUAAAAUGAGAACUGAUUCACAGAGCAAACAAGAAAAGAGACCUUUACCGCGACCACGAUCAAAGGCAAACACAUUAAACAUCCAUACUGACACUAGAAUCGAAGAUACAAACAACCAAAAAUUACUGCCUAUUGACACUAUGGUCAUUAAUGAGUGCAAAGAAAUUCGAACUGAAAAAGAUCAAGAUGUACAGGAGUCUUCAAAAGAGAAAGGAAGAAAACACAAACUGAGAUCUCACCACAAUGAGAAUGACAAAAAUAAAUUAAAGGUAGGAAAAGAACAAAGAGUUAUAAAUCAAGAAAACCAUGAAGAUAUUCUUCAGACUGAGAACACAAGUGAACCCGAAACAAGAAAAAUAAUUGGUAUUAUUAUCCACCGCAGUGAUUCUUUACAAGUAGAUAUGUUAAUACAGCAUCCAGUAGUUAAGGUGCAUUUACUUGAUGCUAGUACAGGUAAAUAUCUAAAGAAGAGCAGUCCAGAUCGAGCAGUGUCAUUUUAUUAUGAAGAUAAAAGUAUAGAUUUUAUAUUGCCGCUUAUGACAAAAAGUUUUGACUUUAAAAUAAAAAGAUCUUUGGUACCAACGUGGGAAGAGCUUCUUUUAUUUAAUGAAGAUAUACAGCUUAUAUUGAAAGAUGUACCACCUGUCCUAAUAAUGUUUGAAAUAUUGGAUUUUGUCAAUUUUACUGUUGCUAGUUCUCAGUAUAAAAAACUAGGACCUGAAGGAGGAUGGCAUAAAAUCGCAUGGGCAUUCUUGAAACCUGUGGGUGCAAAUCGACAUUUCAAUGUUGAGAAGAAACUACGUUUACAAUUAUAUAAGCCCACCUUUCCUGCUAAAACUAGUCAUGAACACUGUGAUGUGUAUUCAUGGUGGUCACAUCAAGUGUGGGAGCGAUAUCCUGCUACAUUGUAUGUUACUGUGAAAGGAGUCAUUCCACCUGAGAACAUUCAACCGGCCCUUCGGUCGCAAGUGGUAUUACAGCAAGAGAAAACCUCUGAUGUUCUUGAAUUCUAUAAACCACAGGAUGGAGAAAAUGCUUCAAAAUCUAGCAUAGGAAGUCAUAAAAACAAGAUGAAUAAUACAGAAGUUCAGAGCUGCCCUGUAUGGUCUCGUUUACCUGCUCAGUCCUGUAAGGUACCAAAUGAACCUAAAUUAAAUAUUUCUACUUUAGCAAAAGGAUGUUUCCUUGUGAAGUUCAGUAACUCAGGCUUGCUCUUGGCUUGCACAAUGGCAAAUGAAGAAAUGUUUUCCAUUAAUUUAUACACUAUUCCAGAUGGGAAAGAAUAUGCUGUGUUCUUGGGCCACCGAGGUUUAAUUUACGAUUUGUGUUGGUCUUCAAGUGACUCUAUGCUUCUUUCUGGAUCUGCUGACUGCACUGUCUGCAUUUGGGAUGUUGAGAAAAAACGACUGAAUUGUCUACAAAUGUUACCGCAUCCUUCAUUUGUAUACAGUGCAAAAUUUCAUGGUCACAGAAGUUGGCUAUUAGCUACAGGCUGUAAUGAUCACAUUGUGCGUUUGUGGGUGAGACAACAUAAGGCAAAUGAGUACAAUGUAAGAGAAUUUUGUGUUCGUGAACUUAGAGGAGUUGUAAUAAACAAAGUGAUAGUUCAUCCUGGAGGUCAAAGGUUAUUAAUCCAUUCUCGAGACAGCUUAUUGAGAAUGUUGGAUGUUACUACUGGAAUCGUAAUACAAUGGUUUCGAGGAGCUAUUAAACAUCGAAUUCAGACGUCAAGCUGUAUAUCUCCAUGUGGGGGCUUGAUUUUCUCCGCAAGUGAAGAUGGAACUGUUUAUGUUUGGAAUGCAGAUACUGGAGAACUUAUUGCAUUGUACUCGGGAUUAAAUUUUCACUCCCCUAUCACAUGUGUAGAUUAUCAUCCAUUUGAGCAUAUGGUUGUAUUUUCAUCACAUGGUUCUCCUUCUCGAGUUGUGGUCUGUACUUACGACAAAAUGUCACAAGGCAGUAGUUUGGGAUUGCAGUUAAUGAACCAGGAAUCUUUACAUCCUAAAAUAUUGGAUAAUGCAAACCAAACAGCAAAGCAAAAUGCUGAUUUUGGUUCAAAAAUUAAGAAAAAUUUUAAAAUGGAGUCAAAAACUGAUGUAAAAGCGGAGAAUAACACUGACGAAGUUCUUGAAAAUGAAGGAUCAAAAUCAGGCUUUUGGAAUGGGACAUCAGACAGCAGUAGUUAUAAAUUGGAAUCACCUCAACAUAUUACUGAACCCAAAAAGAAGAUAGAUCUUUCGUAUCUGAUAAGUCAAAUGGAUGAAAUUCUUUCCUCAGAAUCUCAUAAAAAUAGUUCAACAAUUUCAAAAAUAGUUCCAGCUCAAAAGUAAAACAAAUAUACUGGUAAUAUUACUUUUUACUAAAUAAGAGCUCAGGAGUUGCGACUUAGAAUAAUUCCAAUUCUAAUGUAAGUUAUGUAAAUGUUCCCUUGAAUAAAGAUUAUUGUAUGAACUGC